AUGCACAGAGAAAGUACAGGAUCAGGUAUUGAGUCCUGGGAUUGGAGCCUUGAAGGGGAGAAAUGCACAUAUCAUGCUUUGUUUCCCAGAGCUUGGACUGUAUACGAUGGUGCUCCUGACCCGGAGCUUAAGAUAAUUUGUCGCCAGAUUUCACCAUUUAUUCCGCAUAACUACAAGGAGAGCAGCUUCCCUGUAACAGUAUUUACAUUCACGCUCUCCAACUCUGGAAAGACUGCUGCAGAUGUCACCUUGCUUUUUACCUGGGCU